UGACAGGCCGUGCCGUGUUUGCUUUGCUUCAACACAUGAGGACGAAAGCUGAGCAACUGACAAAAAGUAAGAGUAAAAGGAACAUCUCUGAAAUUACAGCAAGUUACAACAAUUGUUUGUUUCGUAUGUCGGUCGAGGAUUGGAUGCUUCGGUUGCUGUCCGAGCAGCAGGUUUGUCUCGUCUAAAUGUGAGCUGCAACCGUAACUGCUUUCAACAUGUCAUCAGCUCAGAAACACCACCCGUCACACCUGCUUCUCACAGUCCUGCUGCUCGGUGGCUGGACAGCAGACGGAGCUCAGAAUGGGUCAGAGCCGGAGGCGGCGUCCUCCUCCAGCAGGCACAUCGUAGUGAAGGAGGGAUCCAGCACGCUGAUUGAGUGUAAUGUGACAGGGGGCCACAAUGACAUCAAGUGGUACAACUCUAAAGGACCUCUGCUCGACGAGAACACGGGUGGGAAGUGGCAGAUUCAGGAGAAUGGUGUCCUGAACAUCACUGCAGUCUCCUUUGAGGACCGGGGACGCUACACGUGUGUCGCCUCCACCGGUGCCGGCAGCACCAAGAACUACACCAUCACUCUGCGUGUGGCCCACACCGACAGCGGCCUGGGCCUGUACUUCGUCAUCGUCUGCCUGGUGGCCUUCACCAUCACCAUGAUCCUCAACGUGUCGCGGCUCUGCAUGGUCAGCAGCCACCUCAAGAAGACGGAGAGAGCCAUCAACGAGUUCUUCCACACCGAGGGCGCGGAGAAGCUGCAGAGGGCCUUUGAGGUCGCCAAGCGGAUUCCCAUCGUCACGUCGGCCAAGACGCUGGAGCUCGCCAAGGUCACGCAGUUCAAGACCAUGGAGUUCGCCCGCCACAUGGAGGAGCUGGCGCGGAGCAUUCCUCUGCCGCCGCUCAUCCUGAACUGCCGCACAUUCGGGGAGGAGGUGGCAGAAACGGAGCCCCCGAGGCCUUCAGAGCAGGUCAGCGUGUCGAUGUCUGGGAACAGACAAGCGAUAGGCCCGCCCUCCUCCGACAAAAAUGGAGAGGAGGAAGAGGAAGUGUGUCAGGCACUGCUAGAAAGUGAAAGACAAGGGAACGCUGGCGGCCUUGACACCAAAGCAUCAGUACACACGGCUUCCGAGAAGGUCGCCAGUGAGGAUAAAGAGGCUGAGAUGUGCCUCCAUGUGCUCGCACCAGGCUCACGAACAAGCGUGACCUAUGAGAGCAACAUAUAGCCUCCCUCACCCCGAAUCCCAUCAGAAGAAACACAUUUUCUUCUGAGCCCACCUGUCCUGGGCCGUUUCAAAUCUUGUUCUUUUAUUUGAGGAAGAAAAGAAACCAAAAUGAAAGCAAAAAAAAAAAAACAGCUUUAUUUCAAGGCGG